CGAACUAGAACUAUCUAGACCAAACCCAGUGUGCACAACUUCCAAUUUGCUCGACCAUCCAAUACAAAAACAAGUUGUUUAAAAGUAGAUUACCCCACUACUAAACACCUUACCAAUAUCGAAAACCCCAGAACAUAAACAAAAUCUCGCGACCGAUGCGCCGUGGCCGCCCGUAAGGAGGCGAGAUGGCGGAAUCGCAGGGUGUUGGAGAGGAGCCCCGAGCCGGCGAGGGGGCCGAGUCUUUACGGAACUGGCAAAACUUCAUAGAAAGGUGCCUGACAACGCGCCUCGACAACGAGAGCUUUGAGAGAUUCGUUCCGAUACACCAUGCCAAGUACCCGUUACCGCCUCGGGCCCUCGCCGAGCUCUUCCUGCGACCGCAGAAAAACAACCAUGAUGUUCUCGAUCCCCGAAUCCCACAAUAUAUGCAAAUCCUCCUGGCACACCACUACAUCGAUGCGCUGUCAAUCCUGCUGGCCAUGUAUAAAUACUCGACUUCUCAUAAGCAGAUCCACGACGUCACUGGAGCGGACGAAAACGACGAAGCAGGCGGUGGGGUCGGCGAACAACAGACGCAACAGCCCCUGAGAUGGGGCAACUCUUACGCCACCGAGGAGCACAUAUUCUACCGCCUCACGCGGUCCGUGUCGCACGGCACCGGCAUCCACGACUCGUGGGACGCGCUGCGCAUCGCGAGGAUCAUGGCCAAGUGGAUGGAGCUCUUCACGGCGACGGCGGGCGCCUUCGCGGCCGACAUGGUUAACCAGCAGAUGCAGACGACCGAGGAGCGUGACCGCGUCGAGAGGGAACGCAGGAAGCAGUUGCCCCGCGUCGACGAGAUGGAGUCGGCCCGCGCCGGCUUCGUCAUGCUGCUGCUGGGGGUGUGCGAGAGCAAGCCCGUCCUCAGCGCGCUCGGAAAGCCGUACGCAAAGACAGCUCGCAAAGAGCUGUCGGAUGCACUAGGCAACUUUGUCCCGACGAUUAUGCAGAGCGCCGAGCAGAUCUCGCAGCGGCUUGUGCAUUUCCGGACUGAAACUUUGGCUGCGUUCGAGCCUGUUGAUAAGGCCAAGGCGGCGGCUAACGCUGACAUGGACGAUUUUCUCGACUCGACUAUGGGUCUUGACAGCUUGGUCGUUCCUGAGAUACCAAUCAGCAACACGCGAGCCGGCCUGUAUAUUUAUCUGAACUCGCUUCUGGUUGGCCGUCCACGAAUGGAUGAUGCGGCAAUAUUUAACUACUUACAUAACCGAUAUCAGGGUGACCUGCAACAAACUGCAGUAGACCUUAUACUGGUAUCUUUUGACGUCGUCGCAAAUGCAGCUUCGGUCAGGCAAUCUCCCAAGGCUGCUCACGUUUUGCGAUCAUACCUUACAAACAAAGUCCCUCUUCUUCUUGCCUCUUUGGCUGCCUCGGGAUCCGGACUUUACCCCUUUAAUGCGGCGGCUUGUGUAGAGCAUGCCACGCGUCAAGUCAGCUCGGCUACUUUUCCAAACAUGUCUGACUACAUCUCGAGCCGCAGCGGCAAUACGCUUACGGAGGGCACUCGCGAGGACUUUUUGUUUGCCUGCUGCCUCCAUGGGCUCAUCCCUGAGACUCAGAUCGAGCCGAUUCUCAACGAGACGUGCUACAACUCGCUGCCGACCGAGGGCCGUCUGGUAAAAGAAUCCCUGGUGCAGGAGUGUCUUGCUGACCCCGAGAGAGCAGUGCAGCUUGUGAAGGACAUUGAAAAGUGCAAUGGAAACGUGGGUGCUAUCUGUGUAGCACUAACUGAGGUUCUUGGACAAUUAUGUACAAUGAGGGAAACAAUGACUCUCAAGACGCUAUGUGGCCAGCUGGCGCGUGACCCAGUAUACCUAGAUGUGAUGCUUCUAUUCAACAAGCUAUCGGCAAUCAUCUAUCCACUUUGCGACCUAUUAGACAAUUGGAAGCAUGACGAAGAUCAGGGUGAAGCGCAGCCCUUUUAUGAAGAAUUCGGAUCAAUGUUGCUCCUGCUUCUUGCGCUGGUCAACCGCUACAACCUUACUGCCGCGGACCUGGGGGCUCGAUCGCCUGAUUCGUUCGUCGCGAAGCUCAUUGGCAAGGGCCGACUCUUUCGACCACUCGAUGAACUUUCCCCAGAGGAGAAUGGGCAUCUUGACAAAUGGAUCCACGGUCUGUUUGACAGUGAUGCUGGUGGCCUUGGUGAUGAGCUCAUGUCAUCUUGUCCACCGCAGGAGUUCUACCUUCUGAUCCCAACGCUGUUUUACAACAUAGUGCUUGCGGUCAGCACGGGGUCGCUUUCUGAGGAUAGUCUCAGAUGCGGUGUUGAAUAUCUUGUCGAUACAUUCCUCCUCCCCUCUCUUGUGCCGGCGGUGACGUACUUGUCAAAUCACUUGUGGCUUGAUAAUCACCCGCCCGAACAAAAAGCAAUCAUUAAAAUACUUCAGCUCAUCCUUCAACCCAGCUCAAUAUCAUCUGAAGCAUCCACGGUGCUUUCGUCGGUUUUGAGCAUAGUAGCAAAGCCGCUUGAUCAAGCGCUGCGUGCCUACCAACGCCGGGAUCCUCGCAACCAGGAGAUUGAGCCGCUGCUGCGCAUCCUUAAAGAGCACGUACCGCUCUCUCGUCGCACUGGUGCUGCUGAGAACAGCGAACUGGAGGCAUGGACUAGCACUCCAAACGGCGGUCUCUCCCAGGCUGUUCGCAACACCAUAAAAGGCUUCAUAGCAUGGGGUCUGCAGCCAGCAGGGACGGAAUCUACGCCUACCGCCUACACCCACCGUCAGCUUUUGGCCGCCACUCGCAUCUUGGGGGCAAAACAAACGGUUCGCCUCAUUCUAGACGAAUUGAAGGAGCAGGUCCAGGCCGGCAACCAGAGCGUCGCGUACGACGUCUGCUGUGCUAUAAUCUGCGCCCCCAACGUGGCAACCGAUGACAUCGACCCGUCAUCGCAGGUGAACCUGCUCGACGCCACCGCGCAGGCACACGGCCCGCAGCAGCGUCCCAUGUCGCUGCGACAGGCGCUCAGAGCCGCCGCCGAGGACUGGAAGAGGAUCCACAAGGACGACCCGGUCGCUUUUGAGAUUGUCGUCCGCCUGCACCGCCGCGUCGAGGCCCAGCUGGCUGUUUCCGUGUCGGCGGCGGCGGCAGCAGCGGCGGAGGCGGUACUCCAAGGUGAUGGUGGAAAUAUGCUAGACGAUGCAAUGGCGGCGGCGGGCGUCGUGGAUGGAGAUGCGGCCGCGGCCAUGGCCCUCGAUGCGGCCACUGUGGGCUUGGACAUGGGCGGCGGCGGUGGUGGUGCGGGUGACCUUGGGCUGGGUGGCUCAACGGCGAACUCGGUCGGGGGCCUGGACCUCAACGACCAAGACGUGUUUGGGGGGCUGGGGCCGCUGAACGGAUGGGACGAUAUGGACCUGGCCUAG